UGGGAAAAAUCUCGACCGAAAGGAAGCUGGAGCUGUGAAUGGAUAAGUCACGAAAUCUUUCCAAGUUUCCAAACAGAGAGAGAGAGAGAGAGAGAGAGAGGCAUAUAAGCAGAGAAAAAUGGUGACUCUAUCAAUUCCACUACCCCAAAACGGUUCAGCUCUCAGGUAUACCACCGGGAAACGCCUCUUUUCGCCGGUUCCCACGCUCCAUUCGCCUACCCGGAUCAGUUGCUCUGUAGCUAUUAAAGAUGGUUCCAGAGUGGAGGGAUGCUUUUCUCAUUUCAACAAACUUAAGAAUGUUGCUUGUGGUAUUCUUGCUGUUUGGGCUGUGACCACUGCAUCACCUGUAAUUGCUGCUCGUGAAAGGUUGCCUCCACUGUCAACAGAGCCUAACCGGUGUGAACGUGCAUUUGUUGGUAACACUAUAGGUCAAGCAAAUGGCGUUUAUGACAAGCCAAUUGAUCUCCGCUUCUGCGAUUACACAAAUGAAAAAUCAAACCUCAAGGGGAAGUCUCUUUCGGCAGCACUCAUGUCAGAUGCUAAGUUUGAUGGUGCAGACAUGUCAGAAGUGGUGAUGUCUAAGGCGUAUGCUGUUGGGGCCAGCUUCAAGGGUGUAGACUUCUCAAAUGCAGUAUUAGACCGAGUCAAUUUUGGGAAAGCCAAUCUGCAAGGAGCUGUGUUCAAGAAUGCUGUAUUAUCAGGAUCCACCUUUGAUGAAGCUCAAUUGGGAGAUGUAGUGUUUGAGGACACCAUCAUUGGCUACGUUGAUCUUCAGAAGCUCUGUACAAAUACGACCAUUGGUGCCGAAGGAAGAGCUGAACUGGGGUGUCGGUAACCUUGGUUUACUUCCUUCUAUUUCUUCCUUAAAUCUCUUCAAGAUAAUUGGUUUCAGGCUGUUCUAAAUUGAUGAUUUUGUUGAACCGUUUGUCCCACCACUCUAGCACUCUGGGAAUUAAAAAAUGUGGCGUAAAAUCAUGGUGGAGGCAAAUUGGGAUUGCUCUUGGAAGCUUUGUAUUAUCUUUGUAUUUAUGAUCAAUCGGCCAAAGUUGUGAGAAGGCGCUCAGCUUUGAUCUUCUGGCUUCUUACUUUUCCUUAAAUACUUACAGGAAUAACACUUAUGUUCAAGAGGACUACGUGUAUGUGAUGUGACAUCCACCAUUCAGGGUUUGUAAUGCAAUAUACUGUGUACCAAUUUUUGGUGUAGUAUAUAUAUAUUAAGAAGUUGAUUGUUCAAGAACAA